AUGCGGGCGGUUCUAUUUCAGUUUUACACAAUAGAGACCGUAUUAAACCUGGUGCUCAUGUUCCUUCAAAUACGCGGCUUUCUAUCGCAACCCUUGGAAGCUUUAUCACUCCAGAGGCAAGUGGCUCACUAUUUCUUUUGUGGUUGCUUCUACGCUUUCACGGUGCUGAUCCUUUUCGCGAGCAUCAACAACUGCACGGCACACCCGUUGUCGCUGUGCGAAGAAAUCGUCCGCAGCGUGGUUGGCUUUCUGCUGUACGUAAGCAUUUCGCUGAAGACACUGCAGGUUGCGGACUCCAACAUAUUGCACGCCUAUGUUAAUGACGCCUUGGGUGUGGAGAAGCCAGUGCAUCCAUUAUUUACCUAUAUGCACUUUCAGGCCGUCUGUGCUCUAGCCAACGGCGUCACGUACCUGCUGCAUGCCACCAUUGUCGUCGAUGUACUCCUGUCCAACGAGAGAGGCGCCAGAAACCCAAACGAGGAUUCCGAUGAGUAUGAAGUUGGCGACUAUGUACCCGUCCGCGUUUAUUUCUUGAGCGAGUGGGUACAAACGAAACUGGAGCAAUACGAGUGGUUCCAGACCUUCACCCACAGUACUUUUUUCCAUAUAUAA